AAAAACUCUUGUUAUCAUAAUUUAUAAAUAACAAUCCAAAAUCCUCAAUAUUUCUCUAGAAAAAUGAUAACUUUCCCAAAAUAAUAGGUUUUGGAAAAUUUAUUUAAACAUUAUAACUUAUUGAUCAAAAAUUCUAAAAGCAUACCUAUCUAUCAACAAAAACUCUUUUUAUCCUAAUUUCUAAAUCAUAAUCUCAAAUCUAAAAUAUUUAUCAACAAAAUGACAACUUUAUAAAAAUAGUAGGUUUAGGAAAGUUUAAUUUAAAAUGAUAACCUGUUGAUAAAAAGUUAUAAAACCAUAUCCAGCUAUCAAAAAACUCUUGUUAUACUAAUUUCUAAAUCUACAAUAUUUUUAUUUUAAAAUGAUAUAUUUCUAAAAAUAGCAGUUCUUAGAAAUUUUAUUUAUGAAUAUAUAUUAAAAAUUAUAUUAGUAUUACUGAUUUUUUAGUUUAUAAAUUAUAAAUAUAUUAUAUGUAUCCCGUAGUUACACUGUUUAUUAUACUUGUUACCAUUUACAUUUUGUUUUUAACCGCUUCUUUUAGAUGAACUGUACUUGUCUCGCAGUAUUCGUUUUUCUAUCAUAAACCGCACCGCACCACACCACCCAAUCCGCUUGUUCCGCACCACUCAAUCCGCUGUUACCAUUCGGAAUCAUAGAUUGGAGACUCAUUAUUUGGAUCUUGAGAUUGCUUUGUUGUUGGUUUUGAGUUUAGUAUAUAAACCAUUGGAGACUCUUUUUUUUUUUGAAAUUAGUCUCCGUUUGAAUAUUAUAAAUUUAGGUGUGAGUUUUGAGUUGAGUUAUUCUGGAUCUGAAUAAGUUCGGUUCUGAUGUAUAGGAACCUAAAAAUAUCUAAAUAACAAAUGUAUCUAAAAAGUGGAUCUAAAAAGUGUUCGGAUAUUUGUACCAAAAAUAACCAUAUUACCCGAUUCGGUUUAAAUCUUUUGAAUACAACACAAAUUAUGAAAACCAAAUAUCAAUGUAUAAAAAUAUGACAACCAUAACCCGCACGACAUGGAAAGGAAAGAGACACACCUUCUCUUCGUCCCUAAAGUUUCCAUUAUUUAGUUUGACCACAAUUGAAUAUUUUAGCUUCCCAUAUUAGCUUUGACCUUUUCCCUCUUCCAGGAAACCUACAACACACGACAUGGAACACCAUUUCACAUCAUUAUUAACACAUUCAAAAAGUCAACUUUCCGCUUCAGAUCUGGAAUCCUAACAAAGUGGUAAACGAGAAGGAGAAGGGGUUUAGGAGUUUGAUAAUAAAAAAAAUGGACUUGCUUCGCAAAUUGUUCAACCGCAAAACUCCAGAUGGUUUACACGAGAUAUGCGACCAAGUGUUCGUCUUCGGCAGCUGCCUCUCCACCGAUUCUUUGGAAGAAGAGAAGUACAAAACUUAUCUGACGGGAGCUGUCAACCAGCUACAAGAGCACUUCCCUGAUGCAUCCUCUCUUGUCUUUAACUUCCGUGAUGUGGUGGAUACUCGGAGUGUGGUGGCUGAUGUCUUGUCAGAACACGGCUUGUCCGUAAUGGAUUAUCCUCGCCACUACCAAGGCUGCUCAUUAUUGCCUGUGAAAGUUAUGAAAAAAUUUCUUUGUUACUGUGACAGCUGGCUCUCACUAGGCCCAAGUGAAUUGAUACUAUUGCAUUGUGAACGAGGGGCUUGGCCGCUUCUAGCUUUCAUGCUAGCUGCACUCCUUAUUUACCGGAAGCAAUACAGUGAUGAGUACAAGACCUUGGAUAUGAUCUGCAAGAAGGCUCCCGUUGAGCUUAUGCAUUUGUUCUCGCCCUUGAACCCUAUUCCUUCUCAGCUUCGGUAUCUACAGUAUGUGUCGAGAAGGACUAUGGUCUCUGAAUGGCCUCCAACGGAAAGGGCUCUCACCGUGGAUUGUGUUAUGUUGAGAUGUCUUCCUGAUGUUAGUGGACAAGGAAGCUUUCUUCGCCCAGUCUUUAGAGUAUACGGUCAGGAUCCCCUUUUUGUAGAUGAUGAUAAAAAGCCUGAGCUCUUGUACUCAAGUGCCAAGAAAGGGAAACAUCUUAAAAUCUACAAGCAGCUCUUUUCAAACAAGGUAGAACUAGUCAAGAUUGACGACAUCAAAUGUCAUGUGCAAGGUGAUAUCGUGAUUGAAUGCCUCAGUAAUGACAUGGAGGUCAUGAUGUUUCGAGCGGUUUUCAACACAGCUUUUAUCAGAUCAAAUAUUUUGACGCUCAACCGUGAUGAGGUUGACACAUUAUGGGAUAUAAAAGAACAGUUUCCAAAGGGGUUCGGAGUUGAGAUUCUCUUCUCGGAUAUGGAUGAUGACUCGUCUGUUGAUUUGACGGAGAAAGUUGGUCUUCCAGUAGAAGCUUUUUCCAACGUUCAUGAGUUCUUCAAUCAAGUUGCUCCCAAUGAUGUGCCUUCCCCUCUUGGACAACCGGUGAGGUCACCUCCUCCAGUGUCUAAAUCAGACAAAACAACUGCAUUACCUCCACCACCACCACCACCACCACCACCACCUCCUCCUCCUCCUCCUCCAAUGCAGCAUUCAGACCAGAAGACAGCCUCUAGAGUUUUCCCGCCUAUACCACACCCAGAACUAGCUACAGCUGCCUCUCCUCCCCCUCCCCCUCCUCCUCCCCCAGUUCACAACAAAAGUCCAUAAUAUAUAUAUAUAUAUAUAUAUAUUUUUUUUUUAAGUCCAUAAUAUUAUGCUUAACUAAUUAUAAUACAUAAAAAAAAUUUGUCCAAGGGUCCAAUAUAGUUUUAAGCCGGUACUGCUUCUUCCCCUCUUCCUCCUCCUCCCCCAACACCUCCACGGCUUCAUACUUCUUCUACCACUUAAUGUUUAUCUCUUGAGAUCUUUAUUUUCAGCUUUAUCUUCAUUGUAUGUCAGAUUUUGUGUAUUUUAUUCAUGCUUUCUUCCGUGGGAUCAACUGGCCUCUCAUACGGUAUGACUAAACCAACGUAUAGUUUUUAUAUAUCUUCUUGUGUUUUGUUGGGCUAACAUAUCUCUUUCUUAUUAUUUGAGGAGCAUUAAAAAUAAAUAACCUUUAGUUCAUGUGUU